CAAUUGCUAUAUAUAGGGUAUUUCGAUACACUACUCUGUGGUUAUUUUCUCCAAAAUAUUAAUGGAACACUUUACCAUAAGCCAUCACCUGCCCAAUCAAUAGCCGAGUGUUCUUUGAUACCCUACCCCUGGAGUAUUGUAAUUACAAAGUACUGAAGAUAUAUGAACAACCAUGCCAUCACGAAUGUCCAGGAGGAAAGAUUAUAAUCUUGUUGAUGAUUCUUAUGAUACAAGAGUCCCACUUCAUAAUGAAGAAGCUUUUCACCAUGGGAUCAAUUUCAAGGCAAAAUACAUUGGAACAUUGGACGUACCUCGGCCAACAGGACGAAUGGAAAUUGUUGUUGCCAUGAGAAGAAUAAGGUAUGAGUUCAAAGUAAAGAGAAUAAAGAAGAGAAAAGUGAAUGUGGUAGUUUCUGUGGAUGGUGUUAAAGUGAUUUUACGAACAAAGAUUGUUAUGUAUAUUCUGCAGAAAAAAGAGCUGAUGUGGGAUGAACGUAAGCUGCUGUUAAUGCAUGAUCCAGUCUACAGGAUCUUUUAUGUAUCACAUGAUUCGCAUGACUUGAAAAUAUGGAGUUACAUUGCAAGGGAUGGUUCAAGCAAUGUAUUUCGCUGCAAUGUAUUCAAAUCAACAAAGAAGAGCCAAGCAAUGAGAAUUGUAAGAACCAUUGGUCAAGCUUUCGAAGUUUGUCAUAAGUUUAACACAGCUCAAAACGCUAUAGCACCAACGGGGAAAAAAGCAACUGAAACAGAGCAACAAAAAAUUGACAACAAAGAUGGAAAAUCAAAGAAAGAUGAAGUAGAAGAAACUGAUAUAGAUGCAGUUGACAUCACAGAACUUGAACCCAAUGUUGGUCACCGGACAGGGGUCACAGACUUGGAUUCGGUUCAGAGCAAACAAUCCACACCAGCUGUAACAAGAGCAACGGCCAAUGGGUUAAGUCCUUCAGGAAAAAUAUCUGCCAUAACAGGGGAUGCACCUUUAAGUCUACACCAUCAAAUGCAGCUCAUGCAGCAGCAAGUUUUGCAAGCUGAGCAGCAAACACAAGUGGCAGUUUCACAGGUGCAGCUGCUAAAAGAUCAGCUUUCAGCGGAAACUACUGCUAGAGUAGAGGCACAGGCAAGAAACCAUCAGCUUCUGCUUCAGAACCGUGAACUAAUUACACAAAUGAGUGAACUUGUCUCCCACAUCAGUGAGAUGGAAAAGAGAAUUUCCACCUCCAGAGACGCUUCAAAUGGAAAGUACCGAUUACAUAAUGGUGAACGUACCCCUGCUCCAAUUAUUGUGGACCCUGGGACUCCUGCAUCAGCACCAGUCCAUCUUCCAUCUUUUGCAUCCAAGGUAGCAAAGGCAUUUCCCAUCAUGAAUGAUUCCCUCUUCGAAAACAUGAACAUUUCUUCGCAAGCUACUCCUACUACUAAUGAGAUUGGUCGUUCUGGGAAAAAAACACUGCAAUCUGCUGAGCUCAGAUUGUCAAAGUCUGGUGGUAAUCAACAUAAUCAUCUGGAAAGCAUAUCAUCAGAUUCAGGAUCAGAAUCCUCAAGUUCAAGUGAAGAUGAAGAAGGUAUUAACCCGGCUGGUUAUCAACAUGUCAGUCAUUCCAUGGCAUCAACUACACUUGCAACAGCAGGCUCCAGUGGAGCAGGCAAAACUGAUAUAAUGAACUUGUUAAAUCUGGAUGAUACCGCCAACACCUCAAUAUGGACAUCCGGACUAGCCACACCAUCUAAGAUACAUCGAGGGCAUCCGAACACAAGCUACCCCAAGUCAAAUGGCACUGACAGCAUGCUGGAAGGGUCAUCUAUGUUUUCAACGUCACAAACUAACUAUCAAACAAAUGGAUAUACACUUUCCCCCAUUCUCAGCAUUGAUCGAUCCACAACCAGAGUAAAAGAAAUGGAUUCAAGCAUUGAUAAGACUCCUGAAAAGAGAAGUGCAUGGAAUCGCUUGUCAUCACCAAGUAAUGUCUCCCACGAUCAAACUAAUACUUCCAAGAAGAAGAGUGAAAAAAGUGAUGCAAUCUCACCAGACUCAACAGCCUCGUUCAAUUUACCACGACUUGAUCCCCCACCAAAGGUGAAGCGAAACCUGUCAAAAUCAACCCCCGCCACCCCAGAAACUCACUUCAAUGACUCUCCUUCUGCCUCAGAAUCAUCAUGGCAAUCAGUGAUCAGUCCACCACCACAGAACACAAGAUUAAAAGUUCAGUCCUCAGUCGGACCAAACGAAGCUAAAACUGCUGUAAAACCAACAGAACAGGCAAAAAUUCGAUACACACAGCCUAAAGAAGUCACUUAUUUGGAUGAAUCAAUUUCCCUGAUGGAAAUUACAGAUUCAGAUUACACACCGUCUAUAACAAGUGACUUUGACCCAUUAAGCAGUAAACGUUCACUCUUUUCCUCUACCUAUCCCAGUGCAUCAAACCCUUUCCACCCAGACAAAGUUCUCUCAUCAUUUGAUCAAAGUUUUGACACCACUGCCCCGAGCAAGCUGUUUGAUUUUACGCCAGAAGAGUAUGACAAACAUAGACGGUACGAACCGCUGAGAAAGGAGCAGUCAUCCAAGUGGAGCACGGGCCUGUCAUAUGUUCAAGACAACGACAGCAUUCGGUCGAAUGUUAAAGUAAAACAUGAUGUUUCUGUAGCGUCGUCUGUAGCGACAAUUUCCAAGCCUUCCUUUUCCGAGACUGUAUCGGAGCAUUCCAUUAACAGUAACGACGGGGACAUAACAGUUGGCUCGAUACUCGACGAGAUUGAUAUUCCCGCAAAUGAGUUUACAAACGAGUUCUGGGAAGGUGACGUCACAGACUCUCUUUCCCGAACCAACGAUGCCGAAAUAGCAGCUCUCAAUGACGACAGCAAAGUAACGAACAGUUUAGAAUCAGCUCAAACAAGUAAGCAAGACGUUUCCAAAACAAACAGUGAUCCGCUAGAGGCAUCCGUGGUUGACAGAACCCCAGUUUUAUCACCAGUGACGUCACCUACCUCGCUUAGCAGUGGUACGUAUAACGAUCCUGCAAACUCUCCUGCACGGGAUUUAAACUGUGCGAAGUCAUUACCGUUCAGUGGAAGCGAGCCGACUUCUAUUUCGUCAAGUGACUCAGGCGUUAUGUCAAGUUCAACAAGUGGAAACAUCCAGGACAUUCCAAACGUAGUACAUCAUACGUGACUUUCAUUAGCGUACAAUCUAUAGCGGACUGAAUAUACAGCACGGGUAUAGUACUGUGAAAGAUCAGUGUGAAACAGACGCUAGACGGUGCCCGUAAUUUAUUUCUUUUGAGGUACCACAUUCGUUAUUAAUCUAGUGUCCGAGUACCUCUGUAUCUCACUUGGAAAGUUGGCUGUUCCUAUUGAUUUUAAAGUUCGUAUUGUUGUUAGAGGUAGAUAUAGUCUACAUUUUGCAUUCCUUCCGUUUGUACCCGGAGUGUUUAGUCUUUUUGAUGUUUCGAAUGUUAUUGUACGUUUUCCCGGAAGCCACUUGGCAACGAAUGACUUCACGUUUCAAAAUCAUUAGGUAACUGCACUACCAUAACAUGUUUGGCACUGUUGCCAAAACACUCGGCAUUCCGUAUCGUUGUUACAUGCGGUGAUGUACUGCCAUUUUAUCAAAACAUGCGGAGCCACAACAUGGAUGUCAUAUUCCUAUAGAAAUAUUUCUUGCGAAACAUAGUUUUAUGACCGCAGUACAACUAUACUUCUUUCACACAGCUUCUACUUUUCUACUGUUUUAUACUCUAUUUGUUGCUUUGUUUUUACAUUGGCGUCUUUCUCCAACUUGUCGAUCGUAGAAGUCAUGAAAUAUACUUCAUUCGCAUUAUCGUCACCAACUUAGAUAAAAGAAAUAAACAAAGUCUACCAGAAAAAA